AUCCCUUGCACCGGCUGCACAGGGCCUCACUGCAGCGCCGGAGGAGCCCGGCCGGCAGGUGUCAGCAGAGCCCCGCCGCAGCGGGCCUGGGCUGAUUUCACUCUGCGCUCGCGGCUCCAUGCGCGCUGGCCAGAGGCCCGGGGCCCUGGAGCGACCGCAGUGAACCGAGCGGCGCCCCGGGGAGCUGGGCGAUGGCAGCAGCAGGCGGCAGCAAGACGCUGGUGGAAAUCUUCUAUGACGUGGUGUCUCCCUACUCCUGGCUCGGGUUCGAGGUGCUGUGCCGGUACCGGCACAACUGGAGCAUUGAGUUGCGUUUUCGUCCUGCUUUCCUUGGAGGCAUAAUGAAGGAGACUGGUAACCAGCCCCCAGCCAUGGUGCCCAAACGUGGGGAAUACAUGAUGAAGGAUAUAAAGAGGAUGGCAAAAUAUUACCAGGUCCCAUUGCAGAUCCCCAAGGAUUUUGUUGGGAGUGUUAUCAGAAAAGGCAGUCUUUCUGCCAUGCGCUUUAUCACAGCCGUGGAUAUGACACAGCCACAGUUCCUGGAGCCUGUGUCCAGAGAGCUCUGGAUGCGCAUCUGGUCCCGGGAUGAAGAUAUCACCCAACCAGAGAGCAUACUGGCAGCUGCUGGGGAGGCUGGGCUACCCUCAGCGCUGGCCCAGAAGCUACUGGCAAUGACCUCGACCCCUGAGGUGAAGAAUCGUCUGAAGGAGACAACAGAGGAGGCACUGAAAUAUGGGGCAUUUGGAAUGCCAGCAGUUGUGGCCCAUGUUAAUGGUGAAGCUCACCUCUUCUUUGGCUCUGAUCGUUUAGAGCUUCUGGGCAAAGUUAUAGGAGAGAAAUGGUUGGGACCAGUUCCUGCAGCUUCCAAACCCAGGAUGUGAGAAAUUCAGCUGCAAUACGAAACAAGAAGAAAAUAAGUGACUAAAAUUUGAAUGAAGCCGUAACGUUCAUGCCUGAGAAGUGGCAUCUAGGGUCCUAAAGGGACUGGGAGGAGAGCAGUGAUGUUCCCCUUGAAUCCAGUUCUACUCCAGUCCCCGUGGUAGACUGAGACUGUUUUGUUUUGUUUUUCCCCACUUUUUUCACAAUGCAGAUAGAUAUUUUUUUGUUUACAGGAAAUUGUUUUCAGGCUGAGAGCUCAGAGCAGGGUCUGAGUCCUGUCUGUGUCAGUGCCUUGCAGCUCAGCGCAUAUUGCCAGUCCAUUGCCACGUUAUCCCCGCAUUGCCCUGCACUUUGAAUGCUUCUUUGGUUGUCCAUAUAAUGUAAUAUUCUCUCUCUCUCUCUCUCUCUCUCUCUCUCUCUCUCUCUCUCUCUCUCAUAUAUAUAUAUAUAUGAAUUAUCUGAAUCCCGCACUUGGAAUAAAUUACAUCCAGUUGUCAACCUGGACAUUUUGCAUUGUGGGGAUACACUGGCUGAUUAUUCCCCCCCAAAGUGCAAUUUAUUCUACUCUGAAAAAUGAUAUUUGAGCUAGAUCCCAGGAGUCCAGUGGAAUUCUCAGCCCCAAGUUAGGUGCCUGUACAAUGCACUGGUAGGAGCCUCACAAAAUAAGAAACAAAUGCAACAAUAUCUAGGUCUCUCUAUCAGAACAGACUGAUAUCUAUCUUAAGCGGCACAGUGACCUGUCUGUCUGCCAUAUCAGGUCAGACUCUUGAGCCAUUUAACUUGGAAUUCUGCCUGAACAGUACCCCAGUAGCUGGUAUAAACAAACACAAAGCUAGCCUAUUGUCCCACGUUGUACGUGUGUGUGUGGGGGGGGGGGGCGGGCUGGGGGGGAGGAGAGAAGCAGGGACUGAAGACUGAUAUGAUUAUUUCUAUCACUUUCCCAGGUAACACAGUCACCCCCAGUAGGGGCAAGUUGGAAGAAGCCUUGAUGAGUGGGGCUGUGCUAGUGUCUUGGCUGGGAGAGAGAACUCCUAGCAGCUUGGUUAGGGAGAUAUGUUAAGUAUCUCGCCUCUAGGAGUCACCAUCUCCUUGGCUGAACAUGUUUGGGGUAGGAGACAGCUCUCUCUGGCAUGAGUGUGACUUGGCUGGGAGCGAGAACAGCCUGGGUGACUGAUUUUUCUGUCUCCUGGGCAAUGUGGUGGACAGGACACAUACCAGGGUUGGGGAAAGACUGUUGCUUUUGGAAUUGGGGACUAGCACUGUGAGAAGUCACCUUCUGUGGGUGGAGUGAACUCGCUUUCUCUCCUCCUUUAACCCCUCUUUUCCCCCCCUCCCCCCAAUGACAAAAUAAACACCGGCCUGAACUGUC